AUGGCCACCCACGUGUCUCGUCAUCCCACCAGCUAUGCUACCAAUCAUAAGGCCCUCCCCAUCAUCAUGCCACCCAAGACCUCUUCCUACAGCUUGCCGGUCUCAAGAGUGGCCAUAUCACCCCCAGAGUUGUCCGACACCGGCACCACCUACGACGGAAGCCGUACAUCGGCUGGCUCUUAUUCCGCCAGAUCCAGCAACUACGCCCCAAGCCACAGCAGUGGCGAUUAUGACUCUUGCAACUCUCAAUCCGGCGUGGAUGUCGUUGACAUGCUUGCCGACAAAAUGAACGGCGCCUUCGAUCCCAUUCGAAUGGACCGAUCACUGGCGAGCCAGGCGCAAACAUCUGGCCAACUCAAUGCCACCCAACGGGAAUUGCAAGAGUUGCAAGCCAUGGCUCAACGAAGACUGAAAGGUGCCAGAGUCAAUUUCGCAGAGGGCGUGGAAGCGGCACGAGAGGCCCGCAGAGAUGUUGAAUACACGUCCAAGAAAAUCGCAGCGAUGAAAACCAAGGCUGAAAGGAAACACCCUGAUGCGUAUGCGAAAGCCAGUCGCAGCCGCCAUGCUUGA